GUUUUUAAUUGGUCUUGAAAGUGACAUAGAGCUUUACUGUAUAGUAAAGUUUUGUACGGAGGAAUUAAAUAUCAUUAAUUACAUCUUUGACACAAACCUUUUCUGUAGGUGAUAAACAAAGCAUUUGCAUGGCUUUUGUCAAGGAAGAUGAAAGGUCAUUGGACCAUGGAGAUAUGAUGCCUGUUGUAAAAGAAACAGAAGUUGUGCCUGUUUGUCCUAGGUUGGAUGAAAACAACCCUAAAACAAGUGAGGACUGUAUUGCACCUGAACGAUUUAAUUGCACCUCCGAUGGACUGUCUGAAGCCCUUCGAUCUGUUGCAAGCUCACAGUUAUGGUUUAUGGCGUUUUCUUUACCCCGUUCAUCAUCUUUGUUGUCUGUUACCUCUCAAGAGAGCGCCAGUCAGAUGGACUUCUCUGAUAUGAGCCGUGGGGAAGAUGAGGUUAGAAGGGCAGAUGAGGUGGAUGUCAACACGCAACAAGAGGAAACGUAUGUUGCCAAAUAUGAAUCAGAGUACAUCAAGUGCUCUGUGCCUUUAUAUCAGGAGUAUUGGAUGAAUGCCGUGAAGAAGGAUUUACACAGGGCACGGCAGAAAGGGUUUUCAGAAUUGGUGACAUCUGUACGUCUUCCUAGUCUGAAAUCUACCCCUCCCUCAAGCCCUGCUGUCUUGAGCCCCACAGAACAGCAUGUUAAAUCAUAUGCUUUGUGGCAGGAGCUCCCACAAGCAAAGGGUCUGCUAGGUGCCCUCACCGCACCCGAGAUCCAGCUUCAAGAGGCCAUGUUUGAGCUGAUCGUGUCAGAAGCCUCCUAUCAGAAGAGUCUGGUGGUAGCGAUGAAUGUGUUUCAGUGCUCGGCAGAACUUAAACAGAUCCUGUCUCGUGUGGAGCAUCACGUUCUGUUCUCCAACCUAAAGGAAGUCUGCAGAGUCAGUGAACGGUUUCUGCAGGAUCUUGAGUCUCAUCUCAGACAGAAUGUGGUGAUGUCACAGACUGGCGAUAUUGUUUUGAAUCACCAGCUAAGCUUUAAACAAGUCUAUGUGCCGUAUAUCACCAACAUGAUGUACCAGGAGGCUCUCAUCACUCAACUGUUACAGAGCAACAAGAAAUUCGCAGUGAUUUUGAAGAAACUAGAGAAAGAUCCGUUAUGCCAAAGACAAACGCUCAAGUCAUUCUUGAUCCUUCCCUUCCAGAGAAUCACACGAAUGACACUUCUACUAGAGAAUAUCUUAAAGCGAGCUAGAGGUUGUCCUAAUGUCUCUAAUCUGAAGGAAGCCAUUGAAGCUAUUCAGAAGAUAAUGGCGGAGUGUGAUAGAAAUGUCCAGCAAAUGAAAAGUACAGAGUUUCUUGUUAAUUUGGACAAGUUGGUGGAUUUUAGAAAUGUCAAGUCCAUUCCACUAAUCACUCGAGGGCGUCAUUUGCUUCAAGAAGGACCUUUGAAACAACUCCUUGUCGGAGGCAAUCACAAAGUCUCUGUCGUCUCCCGUAAAGACAUCUACAUACAUCUUUUUAAUGAUCUUUUGUUACUCUCUCUGAGAAGUGGACACCGGUUCAUUGUGCAGGAUCAUGCCCUGUUUCCUGAAAAUGUUUGUGUGGAGGGAAUAAAAAGAGAGAUUUUAGGACUACCCCCUAACUCUCUCCUACUACAUCUGAACAAGAACCACAACAAAACCUCCACCUCCUUUAUACUGGCUGCACGUACACUAUUGGAAAAGGAGGCCUGGAUCAAAAGUUUAUCUUCACAGUAAAAGUCUGCAAUUAUGAAUAUCAUGCAGAUGGUGUGUUCCCAGAAAAACCAAGAUGUGCAAUGCAAGGAGGUCUAAACGUUAAUUCCAACUGACAUUAUUA